AUGCCAUUCAUUGACACUUCUCCCAGUUCAAAGGAACUGUGGCGCCACUCCGCUCCGCAUACCACUCAAAUCUAUGACUUCAUCCAAAAGUCCAACCAAACCUACGGAACGUCGCUGACCAGCUACGACGACCUGUGGCAGUGGAGCGUGUCCGAGCCUGCCAAGUUCUGGGAGCAUGUGUGGCAUUAUACUGCUCUCAAAGCUCACAAUCAGUAUAAUGUAGUGCUGGAUUCGGACCAACUUCUCUUUCCCAGGCCUAACUUCUUCGCCGGCAGCACCCUCAAUUUCGCCGAGAAUCUACUCUACCCAGCCUCAUCACCCGACGAAAAUGCCAUCGCGAUCAUCGCCGCUACCGAGGCUGAUCGGGAAACUAUCUCGUGGAAAGAAUUGCGGGAUCGUGUGCAGCGAUGCGCCAAUUCACUAAAGGAGGCUGGUCUGCAACCCGGGGAUCGAGUCGCGGGGUUCUUGGGAAAUCAUGCGAACACGGUCAUUGCAAUGCUAGCGACCACUUCCAUUGGAGCUUUUUGGACAGGCGUGUCUCCUGACACGGGCGUCCAUGCUGUAUUGGAGCGUUUGGGCCAGAUAGAGCCCAAAGUCUUGUUCGCUGACAAUGCGUCUCUAUAUAACGGCAAAGUGCACGGGACAAAUGCCAAAAUCCAGCAGAUCAUUCCCGAGCUUCCAAAGCUGCAGAUGUUGGUGAUAUUCGAGACCGUCAAGUCUCAUGAAUUCAAUCUUGAGGACGUUCCUCGGACGCAGGCGACAGUGUCUACUUAUGACGCUUUUCUUUCCUCGGCUCGCGAUCCUUCCGCCCCUCUCGAGUUUACCAGUCUUCCUCCCGACCAUCCAGUCUACAUUUUAUAUUCGUCCGGUACCACGGGGGCACCGAAACCCAUCGUGCACGGCUCUCUCGGGACGUUGUUGCAGCAUAGGAAGGAGCACGUGCUUCACUGCGAUAUACGCCCGGGAGAUCGUGUGUUCUAUUUCACGACAGUCACUUGGAUGAUGUGGCACUGGCUGGUUUCGGCACUUGCCAGUGGCGCUACCAUCGUUCUUUAUGACGGCUCCCCGUUCCGACCUUUCGAUGCGGAAGGGGGAAAUGGAGAGAUGGCUAUGCCACGACUGAUCGAUGAGUUGCAAAUCACCCACUUCGGAACGUCAGCAAAAUAUCUGUCUGUCCUAGAACAAGCGUCUCUCAAUCCCAGGAUGCACCCGCAUCGCCCGGUAACCCUGAAAUCCCUGAGGGCAAUCUUCAGCACUGGUUCUCCUCUCGCCCCAUCCACAUUCGAGUAUAUCUACUCCUCCAUCCAUCCCGAUAUUAUGCUAGGCUCGAUCACCGGAGGUACCGAUAUCCUAUCGUUGUUCUGUGGUAGUUGCCCCAUUCUUCCUGUCUGCAAAGGCGAGAUCCAGUGCCGUUGCCUCGCAAUGGCUGUCUCCGUAUAUGACUACGCUGGCAAUGAUAUAAGCGCCUCCGACGAACCCGGUGACCUUGUUUGCACGAAGCCUUUCCCUGCGCAACCGGUGAUGUUCUGGCCUCCCGGUCCUGUCGGAGCCGAAAAAUACCGCAAAAGCUAUUUCGACGUUUUUGGACCGUCAAUAUGGCAUCACGGAGAUUUUGUGCGCCUGAAUCCGCGCACCGGGGGCGUGACCAUGCUGGGCCGGAGUGACGGUGUCCUGAAACCUGCCGGUGUCAGAUUCGGAAGUGCAGAAAUAUACAACGUCCUUCUUAAGCAUUUUGCGGACGAGGUUGAGGAUUCCCUCUGUGUGGGAAGAAGACGUGAGGGAAUUGAUACAGAUGAAACCGUUGUGUUGUUUGUGAAACUGGCUUCGCCUACUGAAUCAUCUGCUUCCAUCUCUUCGGACCUAGUAGCACGGAUCCAAGCAACAAUCCGCAAGGAGCUUAGCCCUCGCCAUGUCCCCGGAAUAGUGGAUGCCUGCCCGGAGAUUCCGGUGACUUCCAAUGGCAAAAAGGUGGAAAACGCCGUGAAGCAGAUUCUGUGUGGCUUGAAUAUCAAGAUUGGAGCCAGUGUUGCCAAUGCCUCUUGUCUUGACUGGUAUCGUUCCUGGGCGACGGAGCAUUUGUAG